AUGAAGCUUUUCGUCUUGGCUGUCUGCGUCGCCAUGGCAACGGCCAUAGACCGCGAAUGGGAGGCCUUCAAAGUUCGUUACGGGAAACAAUACAAGGACAUCGAUGAGGUCGCUCGGCAUAAUAUCUUUAAGAAAAACCACGAUUUUGUGAAGCAACACAACAAGGAGGCAGCCAUGGGCAAACACACCUUCUUCAUGAAGAUAAACGAGUAUAGCGAUCUGACAGACGAAGAAUUCCGGAGGUUUCGCAUGGGUUUACUGAAGACCAAGGAGCCCCAGCCAGCCGAGGGGAAAGUCUUGAAGAGGGUUCCGGAACAGAAGGUCAGCGACACCGUGGACUGGCGGAAACAGGGUGCGGUGACACCGGUCAAGGACCAAGGGCACUGUGGGUCUUGCUGGGCCUUCGGUACGACCGGCGCCCUGGAAGGUCAACACUUCCUGGCUACAGACAAGCUGGUGUCUCUAAGUGAGCAGAACCUGGUGGACUGUUCAGGGAGUGAAGGGAACCAUGGCUGCGGGGGCGGGAAGGCGAAAAAAGCUAUCGAGUACAUCAGGAACAACGGUGGCAUAGACACUGAAGAGUGCUACCCCUACACAGCGAAGGAUGGAGACUGCAGGUACAACUCCAACUGUAUUGGAGCCAUCGUGACAGAGGAACCCUACGUUUUCGUCCCAAGCGGGGACGAGGAAGCUAUGAAGCAGGCUGUCGGUACAUUCGGACCGGUGUCUGUCUCCAUCGAUGCCAUGCCGUCUUUCCACCAGUAUGGAUCCGGUGUAUAUGACGACCCCGAGUGCAAGGCGAGCAACCCUUCGAAUCACGCAGUGUUAGUGGUGGGGUAUGGUACUGAGGACAAUCAGGAUUACUGGCUUGUGAAGAACAGUUGGGGCGAUGACUGGGGCACGGAAGGCUACAUCAAGAUGUCCAGGAACAAGGACAACCAGUGCGGCAUCGCUAAUGAGGCCGUCUACCCUGUAGUGCCUGAAAGUGACCUUGAAUCGUUUAUCAACGACAUCUAUGUCGGUAAAGCAAUGUCAUGGGUACCUCCGUAUAAAGAGGCAUUGUUUUCGGUCGGUGUGGGUGUGAUUGUGUUAGUGGGUGUGUAUAGGCUUGUGCGCUCGUUCAUUUGAGUGACGACCUGGGACACCAAAGGCCACAGAAGGUCAG